AUGUGGAUUUUCUGGGCGCUCUUGCAGCGUGACUAUUACAUCUGCGCUGCUCUCGGAGGAACGAAAGCAGCUAAAUUAAUAAGUGCCUCAGCCGCGCAAAAGUUAAAAAUCGAAGCAGAUUACGCGAACGCGGGAAAAAAUUCACAGAUGGUAGCGUUGCUCUUGCUAGCUGGAGCGUUACUUACAGCUUUCGUUGUUGUUUCAGUUCAGCGAUGCUGUUAUCAGCGUGAGUUCGGCACUUUACCGAGUCCGUACCAGUAUAAGAAGCUCGAGUCGGAAGCUGCUGUGGAGGUCUUUAAACUGAACAUGGAAAAACUCGCGAAAGGACAAGGCAAGAGGCGUGCAGAUAUGUACUUUGCGACCAUGAACAGGAAAAACCCGUCUGACAUCCUCAAGAGUGCCUAUGAAAUCUCGUCGCUGUGAACAAAUUUGACGAAGCGUUUCCAUCUUUGGAAGAUUAUCAGGAGCUCCAAGCACACGCGGUUAUGGGCAUCUCCAGGGAAGAUAGAGCCUCCAAGACAGAAUUGCUUCGCAGAGCCAACAUGCCAUGCAUUAAGGCACUCAUCAUGA